GACGGAAGCGCCGAGGUCCGGAGCGGCUGGAACCCGGCCGGCCGGCGCGAUGUGGGGCGCGAGCCGCGGCGGGGCAGCGGCGCUGCUUGGGCUGCUGUUGGUGCUCUCGGUGCGGAGCGGUGGCGCGUCCAAGGCCAGCGCCGGGCUCGUGACCUGCGGGUCGGUGCUGAAGCUGCUGAACACCUACCACAGAGUGAGGCUGCACUCGCACGACAUCAAAUACGGAUCCGGCAGCGGCCAACAGUCGGUAACCGGCGUGGAGGCGUCUGACGAUGCCAAUAGUUACUGGCGGAUUCGCGGCGGCUCCGAGGGCGGGUGCCCGCGCGGGCUCCCAGUGCGCUGUGGACAGGCGGUGCGGCUCACGCACGUGCUCACCGGCAAGAACCUGCACACGCACCACUUUCCGUCGCCGCUCUCCAACAACCAGGAGGUGAGUGCUUUUGGGGAAGAUGGUGAGGGUGACGACCUGGACCUGUGGACAGUACGAUGUUCUGGGCAACACUGGGAGCGUGAGGCCAGCGUCCGCUUCCAGCAUGUAGGCACCUCUGUGUUCCUGUCGGUCACUGGUGAACAGUACGGUAACCCCAUCCGUGGGCAGCAUGAGGUGAACGGCAUGUCUAGUGCCAAUGCCCACAACACAUGGAAGGCCAUGGAAGGUAUCUUCAUCAAGGCUGGAGCAGACCCCUCUACAGGCCAUGAUGAACUCUGAGAGCUGGAGGGGUGAAGGGAGGGUGGCGGGGUAGGGAAUCUGCAGGGCCACUCUUGUAUAAGACUUUGUAGGGGCCCUCAAGUGCCUUCAUGAUUAAAGAAUGUUUGAUUGUGAUUGUAUUUGCUGUAAGCCUGGGGAAGAUCUGAAGGUGUCAGCCAUGUCUGUCCAGCUUAUCAUCUUACCUGUUUCUAAGUACCUGUUCAAACUUUUUUUUUCCUUUUCUUUUUUCUUUUUAUGUAGCCCUGGCUGGCCUGGAAUUCACCUGCCUCUGCCUCCCGAGUGCUGGUAAUAAAGGUAUGCCCCACCACAACUGGCUCCAAAUGUUUAAUAAAAUAAUUUUUUAUUACUAGUGCGA